AUGGCACAAACGUCGUCCAUAAAUUAUAGUCUCACUCAAGAUUCGAUAAAUUAUUCUGACUGUUCAUAUUUUCUCUACACUAGAAUUGCGACGGCUAUUGGAACUCAUUUGUUGACAUUUUUAAAUGGAUGCUUCUUGGAUAUUGGGAAUCUGAAGAAAUUGAUUUUCCCCGGAUAA